CGCAUGUGCGGUGUGUUGGAGAGGAAGCACGUGGGUCGGUGCCCGGCUCUCAGUCUGCACUAUCGGAGGUUUGUGGAUCUCGCCUGCCCGGAGCAGCCUGUCAGCAGCCAGAAUGCCGGCACAAACCCUCAGCGGAAAAAUCAUCUCCGGACUGGUCCGGGAGAAACUAAAGAAUGAAGUCGCUGCUAUGAAGGAGAAAUAUACUGGCUUCAGCCCAGGAUUAGCCAUUUUACAGGUGGGAGAUAGAGAUGAUUCCAACCUCUACAUUAGCAUGAAACUGAAAGCUGCCGCUGAGAUUGGGAUCCAUGCCAGUCACAUCAAGUUGCCAAAAGCUGCCACAGAGACAGAGGUACUGAACAAAAUAAAAUUAAUCAAUGAGGAUCACGCGUUUCACGGUCUCAUUGUCCAGUUACCCCUGGAUUCCGAUCACACCAUAAACACAGAAACCGUAACCAAUGCUGUAUCACCUGCUAAAGACGUCGAUGGGUUAACAAGUAUAAAUGCCGGGAAACUUGCCAGGGGAGAGCUGGACAAUUGCUUUAUUCCUUGUACUCCCAAAGGAUGCCUGCACCUCAUCAGACAGACAGGGGUGCAGAUUGCAGGUAAAAAAGCUGUGGUGAUCGGGCGCAGUAAAAUUGUUGGCGCUCCAAUGCAUGAUCUGCUGCUGUGGAACCAUGCGACCGUGACCACCUGCCAUUCGAAGACUGUGUCUCUAGAUGAGGAGGUGAGCAAAGCUGACAUUCUUGUUGUCGGAGCUGGUAAACCUGAAAUGGUAAAAGGGGAAUGGAUAAAGCCUGGUGCAGUCGUGGUAGAUUGUGGCAUUAAUUAUAUCCCAGAUCCCACCAAACCAUCCGGAAAACGCGUGGUUGGAGAUGUCGCCUAUGAAGAAGCAAAGGAGAGAGCGUCCCACAUCACCCCAGUCCCAGGGGGAGUUGGUCCAAUGACGGUUGCUAUGCUAAUGGAGAACACUGUGGAAAGUGCAAAGCGUUACCUACAGAAGCAUCGCCCAAACAAAUGGAAUAUUGAGUACAAUACACUCCGCCUGCAGUCUCCCAUUCCCAGUGACAUUGAGAUUUCUCGUUCUUGUAUACCGAAACCUAUUGUACAAAUAGCAGAAGAAAUUGGUUUACUGUCGGACGAGGUGGAGCUGUACGGUCAGACGAAAGCGAAGGUUCUCCUGUCCACUAUUAAACGGCUUCAGGCGCAGCAAGAUGGAAAAUAUGUUGUGGUAACUGGAAUCACCCCAACCCCAUUGGGUGAAGGAAAGAGUACAACUACCAUCGGACUGGUGCAAGCCUUGGGAGCUCAUCUUAACCUCAAUGUAUUCGCCUGUGUCCGACAGCCAUCCCAGGGGCCAACAUUCGGAAUUAAAGGGGGAGCUGCAGGAGGGGGAUAUUCUCAGGUCAUCCCAAUGGAAGAGUUCAACCUUCACCUCACCGGAGAUAUCCACGCCAUCACGGCCGCUAACAAUCUUGUAGCGGCUGCUAUCGAUGCCCGCAUUUUCCACGAAUUGACGCAGUCUGACAAGGCUCUCUAUAACCGACUGGUUCCAACUAGCGGCGGAGUUAGGAAAUUCUCCGAUAUCCAGAUACGAAGACUUAAGAGACUGGGUAUUGAGAAAACAGACCCUGCGGCUUUAACAGAGGAGGAAAUCAACAGAUUUGUGAGGCUGGAUAUCGACCCAGACACAAUCACGUGGCAAAGAGUGCUCGACACAAAUGAUCGAUUCCUACGAAAAAUUACGAUUGGCCAGUCUUCGACAGAGAAAGGCUUCAGUCGCACGGCCCAGUUUGACAUUUCUGUUGCCAGCGAGAUCAUGGCAGUGUUGGCGUUGACUGAUGGUCUGAAUGACAUGAGACUUCGGCUCAGUAAAAUGGUGGUGGCAACCAGCAAGAAAGGAGAGCCCGUCAGUACGGAGGACUUGGGCGUCAGUGGAGCGUUAGCGGUGCUGAUGAAGGAUGCUGUUAAACCCAAUCUGAUGCAGACUUUGGAGGGCAAUCCAGUGUUUGUCCAUGCAGGACCGUUUGCUAACAUUGCUCAUGGAAAUUCUUCCAUCUUGGCAGAUAAAAUUGCCUUGAAGCUGGUAGGCCCAGAUGGAUUCGUUGUUACUGAAGCUGGAUUCGGGGCGGAUAUUGGAAUGGAAAAGUUUUUUGACAUCAAGUGCAGAUAUUCCGGCCUGAGACCUCAUGUGGUGGUUCUGGUAGCUACAGUCAGAGCUCUGAAGAUGCAUGGUGGAGGUCCAACGGUGACAGCUGGUGUACCAUUACCAAAGGAAUACACUGAGGAGAAUUUGGAUCUGCUGGAGAAAGGAUGCAGUAAUCUCCGAAAGCAGAUUGAGAAUGCUACGGCAUUUGGCGUUCCGGUGGUGGUGGCUGUCAAUGCUUUCAAGACAGACACAGAGGCGGAACUGCAGCUCGUCUGCCGCUUGGCGAAGGAGGCCGGAGCGUUUGAUGCUGUAAAAUGUUCUCACUGGGCAGAAGGCGGAAAGGGCGCAGUGGAACUCGGUCAGGCUGUGCAGACUGCAGCCCAGGCACCAAGCGACUUUAAGUUCCUCUAUGAUGUGAAGUUGCCCAUUGUUGAGAAGAUCAGGAUCAUUGCACAAAAAAUCUACGGUGCAGAUGAUGUCGAACUUCUUCCUGAAGCUGAGAAGAAGGCUGAACUAUAUACCAAACAGGGAUUUGGUGAUCUCCCAAUCUGCAUGGCUAAAACCCACCUGUCCCUGUCCCAUAACCCAGAGAUGAAAGGUGUCCCUAAAGGAUUUGUCCUGCCCAUCCGGGACAUUAGGGCCAGCGUUGGAGCAGGGUUCUUGUAUCCACUAGUGGGAACGAUGAGUACGAUGCCUGGUUUACCCACAAGGCCAUGCUUCUAUGAUAUUGAUUUGGACCCUGUCACCGAGCAAGUGAAUGGAUUGUUCUGAAAUCACUAAUCACAGAUGUGUUGUAACCGUGAGACAAUGUUGUGAAGAGAUCGUCAGAGCUUCUAUAGAGAUCUUCUAAUCCAGGAAACGUGACCUAGUUCUUAGCAAGCUAAAGACAUAUUUUAAAUGUUUUUUAUCAAGUGCCUCAUGUGAGAU